AUGAAUUACACCGAAGAACAGACCAACGAAUUGGAGGCUUUGGAAGCGAUUUACUCCAAUGAAUUAGAAGAUGAAGUGGUGCUGCAGUUCCGCUUUCCAGACACAUAUCCGGAUACACUUCCAGAGAUCGAGAUCACAGAUUCAGCCAAUUUGGAUGACAUCGACGAACGGGAACUGCUGGACCUGUUGGACACGGAGGGCAACAGCAGCAUAGGAGUGGUGAUGACGUUCACAAUGGUGUCGGUGGCCAUCGAUUGGAUUAAUCGUCUGUCGGAGCGAAAGGCGACUGAAAUGAGAGAAGCGUUGGAACAAAAGCGGCGCGAAGAGGAAGAGGCGGAGCACAAGAAGUUCGAGGGAACGCGUGUCUCAGUCGAGACAUUCAUGACUUGGAAGCAGAAGUUCGACGAAGAGAUGCACAGUUUGGACAAGACUUUUAAGGCGCGACAGGAGCUCAGCAAAAAGCUGACGGGAAAGCAAUUGUUUGAGACCAAUAAGAGCCUCAUAGAGUCGGACCUCCAGUUCUUGGACGACGGCGACCAGGAUACAGCGCGACAGGAGCUCAGCAAAAAGCUGACGGGAAAGCAAUUGUUUGAGACCAAUAAGAGCCUCAUAGAGUCGGACCUCCAGUUCUUGGAUGACGGCGACCAGGAUAUCGAUACCGAUGUCAGAGUGGAUGAGAGUCUCUUCCAAGACAUGGAUGACUUGGAUUUGGAUGAAGCGGAGAGUGAA